AUGCGCAGCCCAUCUAGGGAAGAGCUCUUGGCUGCAACAACUGGGUUCUGGUCUCGGCUCAAGAUACGUUUCAAAUGGUUUUCCAUACGAAGUGUACGACCAUUUAAUAUUGAUGAAAUUGGAGCUUUUUUUUCCUGGGUCCUUUUGGGACAUGUAGUGUGGAUUUUCCUCGGUACUACAACAUUUUUUUCUCUACUAAUUUUUGCGAUAAAUACAGUACUAGCACAGGAAAGUCUAGCUCGAUGGGUCGGAAAUUAUCUUACAAAGUCUUCUGGCGUUAAAGUGGUCUUCGAAUCUGCGAUUGUACCCAAAUGGAGAGAUGGUGUUAUUUCGUUCAAAAAUGUGUUCGUGUCUCGACGGCCCGGUCAAGGCACUGGAAAUGUCAGUAAGGGGUCACCAAAGACUGCAGCUGCAGCUGCACUUCGAAGCCUCAAUCCAUCGAUGCAGCAUCGAGAAGAUAUGGGCGAAGACGAAGACUCGAACUAUACACAAUUUGACGUUACUAUUGAUACCGUAAACGUCACUCUUUCGUUUACGAAAUGGUUCAACGGCAAGGGGCUUCUGGGUGAUGUAGAAAUCAAGGGAAUACGAGGGGUGGUUGAUCGAACCCAUGUAUUUUGGUUGGAUGAAAACAUAGACCCGAAAUCCUAUCGGCACGAGCACAAUCCAGGUGAUUUUGAAAUUGAUUCCUUCAAAAUGGAAGAUGUACUGGUCACGGUCUACCAGCCCAGUGACUUCAGGCCCUUUCCAGUCAGCAUCUUUACCUGCCAUCUCCCUCAAUUAAGACGCCAAUGGCUUUUCUACGACUUCCUAUCUGCAAACAUAAUGUCGGGGUCGUUCGAUAAUUCUUUAUUUACAAUACAUCCGCGACAAACACACAGCUACACUGGCGCGCAGCUAAAUAACGGGGUCGAAGAGAAUGGAAAACCCAGCCCAUGGAAGAAGCACAGUCGGAUUCGCAUCGACGGACUCAACAUCGACCAUCUCAAUCGUGGAGUGCAAGGGCCGUUUUCCUGGAUCCACGAAGGCAACGUCGAUAUUGUCGCGGACAUUAUGUUUCCAGCCGAAAGCGACGAGAGUUUGGCGAAAGUGAUGGCGGACUUCUACGACCGUCUGGAAGCCACAGUGACCUCCAAUCGCUAUGAGUCAGUAUCGAGGACAGCAGCGAAUUUAAAGGACGGAGCGGAAAGCCAAAAUGAUAAACGGUUCGUCGUCACGGACCUGAGAAUCAAUCUCAAUAACGUAAGAGCUGUGGUGCCCCUGUUUACACGAGAUCUUUCUUACAUCAACAAUGCACUGAUUCGGCCGAUUGUGGGGUAUAUCAAUUCCAAACGCACAUUCAUCCCGGUUCAGUGCCGACUGGUGAAGCGGGUAAGCGAUUUUGAUGGAAGCUGGACGAUAUUUGACAGCGGGCUGAUGGAUGACCUAUCUGCCGAGACAUACGAAGCCUUUGCACGAGACGUUGUCGACGACCAAGCUCGGAAACGGCGGCUGAAAAAAGUCGGCUUAUGGUCGCUUCAACUUGCGGCCCAGGCCAUCUUCAUGGGCAUGGCAGGCAACAUUGCAUGA